CAGAACAAGGCGAUACAAUUUCUUGUACAACACCUCGUCGAUCUCGGGUGUUCUCCACCGGAAGGAUUCAUUCAGUGUGUGAGCUGCGAAAAACCGGCAGCAGGCGGAUUUGGAAUGCGAAACGGCACGUCCACACUCCGCGUAAACCCCGAAAUAUUCAUAUGCCAGCAAUACAUGGAAAAUGAACGCAUGGCGCAUAAAACACUUCACCACGAACUCAUUCACGCCAUUGAUAUGUGCCGAACCAAAAUGGACCCCCUCCAUAACUGCAUUCACAUGGCGUGUACAGAAAUUCGUGCCGAAAAUUUGUCUGGCGAAUGCUCAUUCUUUAGAGAGAUACCUCGAAUGGAGAAACUGAAAGGACAUGGUGCGGAAUGUGUCAAGCGACGGGCGAUCCUAUCAGUGCGGGCCAAUCCCAAUUGUACCGCCCGCGCCGGCGACUACGUCAACGCUGCCUUCGAUCGCUGUUUUGCCGACGUCUACCCGUUCGACCGCCAUCCGAACCAACGAUGA